AUGGUCUCCGAAGAACUUCUCGAGAAAUCGCUAGAGAUCCUACAGGAUCAAGCACUAGAUGAAGAGGAACAAGUCGAAAAAGUCGAGGAUUACCUACGCGCCAACUCAUCGCUGACCGGUCCCUCAUUGGAGAAUGCGGUGCUGGACAUUCUAUGGCGACAUCGCAAUCGAACGUUACCCGACUCGUCACCCCCUCCUCCUCGUCAUACCGUGAUUCGCAGAUCAUCUCCAGCGCCAUGGCAGAUGGUACGAUCUUCCACUCCCUUAUCACCUUCAAAUCUGGGAACCAGCCCAGGGAGUACCUCGUGGGUGCAGAGCUCGCGCGGGGCAUUCUCCCGACCUCCGCUCUCCUCAACCGUAUCCCCGUUUACCUCCCCGCGCCCCUCCCCACGACUUGCGCUGGCCCAGCCGAUCCCUCAUUCUCCAAAUCUUAACGCCUAUGAAUUUUCUGAUCAAAGUCAGAUCUCGGAUUUCUAUGGAGAUUUCGGUAACGACAAUAACAUCGACUGGCUGGUGGCCGAUGAUGCGAAUAGUACUACCUCAUCCACAGGGGGCCUGAGCGUCCCGGGAGCCUUGAGCGCAACCGCAGCGGAAUUUGUACCGGAUAUGAGCCCGCAUGAUAUUCUGCGCACAGUUUUGGGCGACAAGCGGUCAAAUGAUGAAAUUGAAGCCGCGCUGGAAGCGAAUAGUUACGAUCUCGGUGCCACUAUUGCAGCACUUUCGCAAGAUACAGAUACCGAUAUCUUUGCCAAACAGAGCGACGAUGGCCGAAUUCUAGUCGGCAAGUCAAUGGUAAUGGAACAAAGUCGACCCAUCACACCUUCGGGACCGAGCCGAAGCCCUGUGGUCUGCAAGUACUGGCUGUCUACCGGACAGUGCCUUCGUGCCGACUGUCAUUUCAGUCAUGAUUUAACAAGCCACUUGUGCAAAUACUGGGUUAUGGGCAAUUGCCUUGCUGGAGACGGAUGUCCGUUUUCGCACGACCCGUCUUCCCUUGUUUCCAACCUGAGUGUAUCAGGGAGUAGUCGGCCAACUUCGCCCCCGGCUGGCUCACCUUUCCAAGUUGACAGUGGAUCCGAUGCGUUCCCUCCUCUGCAACCAGCGAUCUCCAUUGAGGAUCAGUGGGCAAAUCAAUAUGGCGCGCGAUACCCUACCAAUCUCUCGGGUAUGCAAGGGAGUAAGCAUCUUCCUCCAGGUCUUCAUCCAGGCAUGGGGAGACGGAAUGGCAGCAUGACCCAUUUGGGACGUCCGAAUUCGCGCCCAAGCAGUCGGCAUCAGAAUCGAGAAUUGAACCCUGCUGCUCUGUCCGUUGAUGAUCCUGAUGCAUUCCCAACCCUUGCCGCUGUCAGCGCAAAGAAUGCCGGAAAGAAGCAUCAUGGGAAGCGAGGCGCUCACGGCCGUGAUAGCAAGGAGAAUAUUCCAUCAUCAUUGGCAGAUGUGGUUCGUAUGUCUCCAUCGCCCACGCCGCCAGGAAAGCCCAAAUCAUCAAAGAACAGCAAGGAUCUCAAGAGCCGUGAGAACAGCGCAGCGGCUCAAUCAAUUCAAGCCCCGCAGAAUAUUCCUUGGCUUGAGACAGGAGCACGCGCAAAUCAACAAUAUAUCAAAUACCGUACCGAAGCAAUUCGCCAUGGAACCGUACGAAAUAAAUUUUUGCAGAGUGCUGCCCAAGCAUGGAACCGAAAUGAUGCACGAGCUGCCAAGGCUCUGUCUUUACGAGGCCAAGCUGAGAAUGAUGCAAUGCGACGUUGUCAUCGGGAAGCCGCGCGCCAGCUAUACGAAGAGCGCAAUCAACACCUUCUCCAGGCUGGCCUGGAUGAAUCCUCAGAAGAACUCUACGUAGAUCUGCACGGCCUCCACCCAGAAGAAGCCAUCGAAUACUUGGAAAAGAUUCUCCUGAAACACGCACGCGAGGGUCUACGGGUAGUCUAUGCGAUCACAGGUACCGGCCACCACUCCAAGAACGGCAAAGAUAAGAUCGGCAAGGCUGUGAAGGCGUGGCUCAACGAGUGGCGGUACCUAUUCCGCGAGUUUAGUGUGCCAGGUGAGCGAGGUGGCUACGUUGGAGGCAUUCUUGGUAUUGACCCAACGAGUUAUGACAAGUCACUGGCUAGGACCUUUGCGGAAGAGGAAGAAGCAAUGAGGGCGGGAGCUGGACAGCCCAACCUUGUUGUGGGGAAGAUUCAACUUCUUAAACGUGAGGAUUUAGAAACGACCAAUCAAUGA